AGUGCACACACGUUAUCAUUACAUAACGUGCACGUUUUUUUUUUUCAAAUUUACAAUCAUUAUUAAAUUCAGUGCGGCUACGUUAGGUAUUGCGCUGCGCACGCAAAUACCCACACGACGCAACGCCGUCCACUACCACAUGUGCACGAAUUCGACGCGCGUGCGGUGUGCUUGAACCACUUGAACCGACUUGAACGUUCUCUGAAGGUUUCACGCCACACACACGAGUUCAGUAUUUUCGUGGUCUAGCAGCCAGCGGGUCGCGGCUCGCGGUCGCUUGACUUCACGCAAGACUUUCUCCGUUCACAUGCGUCGCGCAAUGUUGUUGUUAUCAGUGCUGUGACGUGACGCCAAACACCAACGAUCGAGCGAAUCACGUAAUUAGUACCUAAACUCGCACAAUUUAAUUGAACAUAAUAUAAUAAUGCGCUCAAUCAGCUGACAAAUUGCUUACACUUUUUACUUGUCAUUUAGUAGACAAAUACAAAUACAUCUAGUCAUAAUGCAGAAGUGGUUCUUUCUUGAGGAUCCGGAGAACGAUGCGAUUCGACGCGGAGCUGCCGAUGCCCAUACGAAAUCCAUCGCGUCAUUGGUACCAGAAUAUCGACCACGCCGUUGGUUAUUCCGUGUGAGAGUGCCAGACCUCGCCGCAGGCCUACAAGUAUGCGUCUCUGGAUCGGUACAAGAUCUUGGCUGCUGGCAGCCAGAACACGCGGUGCUGUUGAAUCGUGAAGACGCAGAGGAUGACAUAUGGUCUGCGGUUAUAAGUAUCCCUGAUAAAGUACAAAUUCAAUAUCGAUAUUGCGUGUGCGUGGUCGUCGAGGCAGGCAUUCAGGUAAUCGUUCGUAAUUGGGAGACGAACAUCGAGCCACGUACGAUUCAAGCGGAUCAAGUCUCGCCUAACCUCAAGGAUGUGCCUGUAACUUAUGGUGACUUCAUUAAUGAAGUCAGGGUGGAUCGAGGAUGGCUCAACAAGGAGACAACAGUACAAUUGAAACUCAGCAAGGAUUCGAUCAAAAUCUGGCGGCCAAAGUAUGCGAAUCGGAGUGUUUUUAUGAAGGUUACUCCUGUUAGUCUACAGCAAGGUAAUUCAAACUUUCCAAAGACCAUGUCCGAAGCCUUGGAGGAGUCUUUAUCCACAGAUACACAAGAUAUUAUUGAGUUACCCAAGCAUGCAUUCACUGAAGUCUCAUCUCUAGCUUCUGAUGAUUCAGGAUUUACUCCUCAGACUCAAUUCGGAAAGGAGGUUAAAGAUGAUGAAAUGGUUGUCUUUCAAUGUACGGUUUUAUUCCCUGCAUCCACAGCAUUCUUAUUGGAUUUUUUCAUCUAUAGCUCGCGAAAUUCCGAAGGUGAACCUCCGUAUCACGCAGGUUUUAGUUAUUUACUACCUAGUGCUCUACGCGGGUCCGAAGGUAACGUCGUCGUGCCGAUUACAAGCACAAAACAACGCCCGCUCGGCGAGCUGAUAAUGGAUUACAUUGUUAUUAAACCGAUGCCGAAUGUCAAGUGCAACAUGAGUUUGACUUAUGCAAGACAUUGGAAACAAACGCGCAGCGGGUUGGAUGUUGGGCAUCGUGGCGCAGGGAAUAGUUUCAAGGAGGAUAUGAAGAAUUGCGCGGAGGUUAGGGAGAAUACCAUCGCUAGUUUGAAGACUGCGAUUGAUCACGGCGCUGAUUUUGUCGAGUUUGAUGUGCAGCUGAGUAAGGAUUUGAUUCCGAUUAUUUAUCACGACUUUCACGUGUGUAUUUCGAUGAAGAAGAAGAAGACAAUCAAUGAUAUGGAUAUGCUGGAAAUUCCCAUCAAGGAUUUAACGUUUGAACAGCUAAAACUCUUGAAGGUUUAUCAUUUGACUGAAGGCAAAUCGAAAAACCCACGAUUCUUUGAUGAAGAACUCGAAGAACACCAACCUUUCCCGUCGCUCCAGCAAGCUUUUGAAGUGCUUAACCCCCAUGUGGGUUUUAAUAUUGAAAUAAAAUGGACGAUGCAACGUUUAGAUGACUCCUAUGAGUUGUAUCAUCCGACAGACCUCAAUUUGUAUCUGGACACCAUUUUGGAAGUUGUGCUGCGUCAUGCUGGCGAACGUAGGGUUAUUUUCUCCUGUUUUAAUCCGGAUAUAUGCGCGAUGAUCCGUAUGAAGCAGAAUAAGUAUCCUGUGAUGUUCCUCACGCAAGGUGAGACCGCAAAAUGGCCGAAGUAUAAAGAUCCGCGUUGUUGGAACAUUCGCAACGCUGUUCAACACGCCAACAUGACAGAAAUACUCGGUGUUAAUGUACAUACAGAGGAUAUACUUCGAGAUCCAUCUUUUGUAAACAUGGCGCGCGAAGCAAAUUUAGUGAUUUUCUGCUGGGGAGAUGAGAAUGCCGAUCCAACCACAUUGAAAUACCUCAAGGAGCUUGGAAUGCACGGCGUUAUCUACGACAAAAUUGAUCAGUACAACGGCAAAGAGGUGAAAGAGAGUAUAUUUUUGGUGGAGGCGCGCGAGUCGCAAAAGGACCUCCUACGGUUGGCGGCGGCGAACGCUGAAUCGCCGACGUCACCGCCUGCGAGGGAAAUUAUCAGAGAGCGUGUCUUGGAUGUGGACCGAGCGCGCGGUUGCCUCGAGGAUGUGUCGACGGCGACGACACUCAAAAGUUUGGAGAGUUCGAUUGAGAGCUUGAAUGGCUCCAAUGGCGCCGCGCAUUGAGAGCGCAAUUGUGAUUCGUAAUUUAUUUUCCUAACCUCAAUUCAACCUCAUCCGAUCUUUAUUAGGAAAAUUAACUAACAUGUUUUUUGUAUGAUUUUGAUAUUACUUUAGUUAGUGUGAAGAUAAAUUAUGUUUGGUGGA